AUGUCUGACCCUAAUGCAACGCUCAUCGAGUGUCGCGUUGAAUACGCCCUUGGAAGUGUCAUCAUAGCUGCAAGAUUCUUCACGAGAUGGAAGACACUGGGAUGGCGAGGCUUUUACUGGGAUGACUUCUUUGCAUUUUGGUCGUGGGUAUUCUUCACUCUCAUUUACGUUAUGGUGGAGUAUCUCAGCAUAAUGGGUGCACCUAUAGCCAUGACCCAAGAGCAGCGUGAAGCACUCCCGCCGGCGAUGCGAAAGUCGAUGCGAGAGGGUGCAAAGGGCAUGUUUGCCUCGUUCUACUUCUUGAUCUUCUUGGUUUGGAGUCUAAAAGGCUCGCUCAUCAUUCUCUUCCUCCGUUUGACGAGAAGUACUAGGCUCUACUAUUAUGUUCAAGCCGUAGGCGCUAUCUCGAUUGCUGCAUGUAUAGCUGCCAUCAUCACCCAAACCACACACUGUCUGCCUUUGAAGAGAAAUUGGCAAAUUCUUCCUGACCCAGGCAAAGAGUGCUCAGCUGGCAUUGUGAUUAACAUUGUCAUUGCUGUCGGAAACGUCUUAGUGGAUGCUUUGUUGCUCGUUGUUCCGUUAUGGAUGCUGAAAGAUGCAAAGAUCAGUCUAUGGCGCAAAAUUCGAGUCAUCUUUCUCCUGUCUCUCGGUCUCUUCGUCAUGGGAAUGGCUAUUGCACGCUGCAUUUUGUCCAUCGGCACCUCCGUCCAAGUGGCUCUCUCUUCAGUGUGGGCACAACGCGAAGCCAUCGUGUCCAUAUUCGCAGUGAAUGCACCCGUCAUCAACAGCCUCUUUCGUGCAGAAACAUGGGCAACAAGACACUCUUCGAGCGGCUACGUAUCCAAAGACUCCCACCGGUCGCGGACAAACACCAGUACGUUGGGAAAGAAGAAAAAGACCGGCUUCGAGAUAUACAAGAUGACGGAUAUCGAGACCAAGAUGACGGACUUUGAGACAAGCAGCAAAGAGAGCACGUCGGAACUAUUCAAAGAUCCAAUGCUAUCUCCAGUACCUUCGCAGUGGAGAUGUUCAGCGCGAGGAGCAAGUCAAGAUGGUAACCCCGGACACGCAGAGCGCUACGAAGCUAAAGAAGCAGCGCGCCGCCUUUUGAACCGUCUCGAAACGCCAUUUGAGCAAGGCUGGAGGCUGUCUUUCGAGACGCCAGUGCUCAUCGCCAGUAUCCAGACCAUCCUUGACCUCGGCAUCUGGAAGCAAUGGACAGAGGCGAAUAAGAAGAACCCUGGUGCACCAGUGCAUCUGGAUCAGCUGCUAGAAUGGGCCAACGCGAAGGCCGAGUCAAAUCUGUUGCGAAGGUUUUUGAGACACAUCGCUGCGCUAUAUGUACUAGAAGAGACAGAUGUUGAUACCUGGAAGCCUACACCGUACUCGCUCUCUCUUGGCGAUACGGUAUCGCAUACCGACCAAAUCACACAAUGCGGUACCGAUCAUACCGUUCCCACAGGCGUCAACCUCCCGUAUUUCCUCAAGAAGUACAAUUAUGUCGAACCAGUCGACCUGGCCAAACUCGACAACUACCGCGAUAUGACAGGCGGAAAAGACUUCUUUGCUACUUGCGCCGCAGACCCGGUGGGCAAGGGAAGUAGCUUCAUGGGUCUGAUGACCGCGCUACGGAACCAUAAGAUGAGCUGGACAGAUGUGUACGAUACGAACCGCAUCGUCGAUGGUGCUGAUGUCCAGACUGAAAAACCUUUGUUUGUGGACAUCGGCGGCGCGCACGGUCUCGAUACUUCGCGUCUUCUCGACAAGCAUCCAAACCUGCCUGCCAACGUUCUGGUCCUGCAAGAUACUCCCGAAGUAGUCGCAAUGCCCAUUGAAGACUUGGAUAAGAGGAUAGUGAAACAAGCCUACGACUUCUUCACGCCUCAACCUCAAAAGCACGCACGCGCUUACUUCUUCCAUGCCGUGCCCCACGACUGGCCUGACGCGGACUGCGUUCGCAUGUUCUCGCAAGUGGCCGCUGUGUUCAAGCGCGGAUACUCCAAGCUCCUGAUCUACGAGGUUGUGCUGCCGAAGAAGGGAGCCACGAACUUGAUGACGACGUUGGAUUUGCAGCUCAUGAACUGCACAAGUGGAAUGGAGAGGACAGAGGAGCAUUGGGCGAGAUUGUUGAAGGGAGCCGGAUUUAGUAUUGUAGAUAUAAGUCGGCAUCCAAGGGCCGUGGAGAGCGUUAUCGAGGCGGAUUUGAUCUAA